CAAGACCAAGACCAAGAAGAAGAAGAAGAAGAAAGGAGGUCUAGCAUGAUGAACAGGGAUGAUAACAAGAGCAGCUAUGGAAGAGACGAGAAAACUGACAAAGUUGCAUUUAUAAAGUUAUUUUCGUUUGCAGAUAAGACUGAUAUUACGUUGAUGCUCAUCGGCACGAUUGGUGCCGUGGGGAACGGUUCAUGUAUGUCAAUUAUGACGAUACUGGUCGGGGAGAUGAGUGAUUCUUUUGGAACUAAUCAAAACAAUACACACAUAGGACUCAGUGUUGUUUCCAAGGUCUCUCUAAAAUUUGUGUAUUUGGCUAUCUGGGCAGCUGUCGCUGCAACUCUUCAGGUCGGUUGCUGGAUGGUAACAGGGGAAAGACAAGCUGCAAGGAUAAGAGCUUUGUAUUUGAAAACAAUAUUGAGACAAGAUAUUGCUUUCUUUGAUAUGGAAACAAACGGUGGAGAGGUCGUUGGGAGAAUGUCCGGCGACACUGUUCUCAUACAAAAUGCCAUGGGUGAGAAGGUUGGGAAAUUUGUCCAGCUAUUUUCAACUUUCAUUGCAGGGUUUAUAAUAGCAUUCAUCAAAGUGCGGCCUCUUACCCUUGUCAUGUUAUCCUGUGUUCCUCUGCUUGUGGCAGCUGGUGCAUCCAUAUCCUUCAUUGUAACCAAGAUGGCAUCCCAUGGACAAAGUGCUUACGCAAAAGCAGCAAACGUUCUUGAUCAGACGAUAGGCUCCAUUAGAACCGUUGCAUCCUUUACUGGAGAGAAGAAAGCUAUUACAAGUUACAGUAAAAAUCUUGUGGAUGCUUACAAAUCAGGUGUUCAAGAAGGUUCGGCUGCUGGAAUAGGUCAUGGUUUCGUUAUGCUAGUUUUGUUCUUCUCUUAUGCCUUGGCUGUAUGGUUUGGUUCAAGAAUGAUAAGGGAAAAAGGAUAUUCCGGGGGUGAUGUGCUGAAUGUGAUUCUUGCUGUUUUGACUGCAUCCAUGUCUCUGGGGCAGGCAUCAACAUGCUUAAGUGCAUUCGCCGCUGGUCAAGUUGCAGCAUUUAAGAUGUUUGAGACUAUCAGUAGGAGGCCAGAGAUUGAUGCCUAUGACGAAAAAGGAAAGACAUUGAAUGACAUUCGUGGAGAUAUAGAGUUGAGAGAGGUAUUUUUCAGUUAUCCAGCCAGACCAGAUGAACAAAUAUUCGACGGGUUCUCACUUUAUAUCCCUAGUGGAACCACUGCAGCUUUGGUUGGAGAAAGUGGAAGUGGGAAGUCAACAGUCAUCAGUCUGAUAGAGCGGUUUUAUGAUCCAAGAGCUGGUGAAGUUUUGAUAGAUGGUAUAAACCUAAAAGAAUUUCAGCUCAAAUGGAUUCGGAGUAAAAUUGGUCUUGUCAGCCAGGAACCUGUACUGUUUGCAUCCAACAUUAAGGAAAAUAUUGCCUAUGGAAAAGAUGGUGCUACUCUUGAAGAGAUAGAAGCAGCAGCUCAACUUGCAAAUGCUGCUAAAUUUAUUGAUAAACUGCCCCAGGGGUUUGACACCAUGGUGGGUGAGCACGGAACUCAGCUGUCUGGUGGGCAGAAGCAGAGAAUUGCUAUAGCAAGAGCAGUUUUGAAAGAUCCACGAAUUUUACUUCUGGAUGAGGCUACAAGUGCACUUGAUGCAGAAUCUGAAAGGAUAGUUCAAGAAGCAUUGGAUAGGAUUAUGGUAAACCGAACUAGUGUUAUUGUAGCUCAUCGUUUGAGCACAGUGAGGAACGCAGAUACAAUUGCUAUCAUUCAGAAAGGAAAGAUGGUUGAAAGAGGCUCGCACUCAGACUUAAUCAAGGAUCCUGAAGGAGCAUACUCUCAACUUAUUCGCUUGCAAGAAGUAAACAAGGAAUCAGAACAAACAACAGAAGCUCAAGACAAAUCCGAAAUUACUACGAAAUGUUCUAGACAGUUGAGUCGAAGGAUGGCGUCAGUAAGAUCCUUAAGUCGGAAUUCCUCUGUUGGUAGCAAGCGUGAGAACAACACAUUGCAGUCAGAUCCAGAAGCCCCUACCCUGCGAUUAGAGAAACCUCCAAAGAUCUCAAUGCACCGUCUUGCUGCCCUCAAUAAGCCCGAGAUUCCAGUGCUUCUUAUUGGAACUGUAGCUGCAAUCAUCAGUGGUGUUAUGAUUCCAAUUUUUGGUUUGCUUUUGUCCAAGGUAGUAAAGACUUUCUAUGAACCACCUCGUCAACAAAAGAAAGAUUCAGAGUUUUGGGCAAUUAUGUUUAUGACCCUUGGUGCGGCAUCAUUAUUGGUGAUCCCAGCAAGAGAAUACUUCUUUUCUGUGGCUGGUAGUAAGUUAAUUGAACGUAUUAGAUUGAUUUGUUUUGAGAGAGUGGUUCACAUGGAGGUUGGGUGGUUUGAUGAGGCUGAGAACUCAAGUGGUGCAAUUGGUGCCAGGCUCUCAGCAGAUGCCGCUCUAGUGCGGGCCCUAGUAGGAGACACACUAGCUCAGAUAGUUGAGAGCAUUGCCAUGGCAGCUGCAGGUUUGUUCAUUGGUUUUACUGCAUGUUGGCAGCUGGCAUUCAUUUUACUCGCAUUGAUUCCUCUGAUCGGAAUUAACGGAUAUGUUCAAGCAAAGUUCAUGAAAGGAUUCAGUGCAGAUGCAAAGAUGAUGUAUGAGGAAGCAAGCCAAGUUGCAAAUGAUGCAGUUGGGAGCAUAAGAACAGUUGCUUCUUUCUGUGCUGAAGAAAAGGUAAUGGACCUAUACAGAAGGAAAUGUGAAGGCCCUACGGAGGCAGCGAAAAGACAAGGCUUGAUCAGCGGAAUAGGAUUUGGAAUAUCUUUCUUCUCUCUGUUUUGUGUCUAUGCAACCUGUUUCUAUGCGGGAGCUAAACUUGUUGAGGCUGGAAAAACAACAUUUCCACACGUUUUCCAAGUUUUUUAUGCUUUAACCAUGGCAGCUAUGGGAAUUUCUCAGUCCAGCUCCUUUGCUGUUGAUUUUAGUAAAGCCAAGAAUGCUGCUGCUUCCAUAUUUGCAAUAAUAGACAGGAAGUCAAAGAUAGACUCUAGUGACGAGUCUGGUGUGAAAUUGGACAGCGUAAAGGGAGAGAUUGAGCUUCACCGUGUAAUCUUUAAAUAUCCAUCUAGGCCAGACAUACAGAUUUUCCGAGACCUAAGUUUGACUAUUCAUUGUGGCAAUACAGUUGCCUUGGUUGGAGAAAGCGGGAGUGGAAAAUCCUCAGUAGUAGCAUUGUUGCAAAGAUUUUAUGAUCCGGAUUCAGGUCAUAUCACACUUGAUGGAAUUGAACUUGGAAAAUUCCAAUUGAAAUGGUUAAGGCAACAGAUGGGGCUUGUGAGCCAAGAACCUGCUUUAUUUAACGACACCAUCCGCGCCAACAUUGCAUAUGGAAAAGAAGGAGAUGCAACUGAGGCCGAAAUUAUAGCUGCAUCAGAGUUGGCCAAUGCCUACAGGUUCAUAAGUAGCUUAGGACAGGGGUUUGACACCAUAGUAGGAGAACGAGGAGUGCAAUUGUCUGGGGGACAGAAGCAACGCAUAGCCAUUGCGCGUGCUAUAAUCAAGAGCCCCAAGAUAUUACUGUUAGAUGAAGCUACAAGUGCACUCGAUGCUGAAUCUGAGAGAGUGGUUCAAGAUGCAUUAGACGGAGUGAUGGUAAACCGGACCACAGUGGUGGUUGCCCAUAGACUAUCCACAAUCAAGAAUGCUGAUGUGAUCGCAGUGGUAAAAAAUGGGGUUAUCGUAGAGAGAGGCAAGCAUGAUACUUUGAUGAAUAUCUCGGAUGGAUCUUAUGCAUCCUUAGUAGCUCUUCACAUGAGCGCUUCAACUGCAUGAGAUUCUUGUACAUCUUUCUUUUUCUUCGUAAUGGUUUGGUUUAAAUCUGCCACCUUUUUUUUUUUUCUCACCAAAGACUAAAGAGAACUGCACGAGUCUUCAACAGGUUAUUACUUGUUUUUGGUUGUUGUUGCAGAUCAAACAUCUUCUUCAGCUGCUUCCCUUGUUUAUUGCUCCUGAUGGUAAGCAGGCGUAGUCCCCAUCGUGAAUGUCUU